GUCUUGGUCUUUUUUUUUUAUUAUCAAAAUUUUACUGAUCUUUUUCCCCAAAAGAAACACCAAGUUGGUUUAUAAUUUCGCACUCCAUGUAGAAAACGGAAAUUUCAAUCCCUUUUAGUGUAGAAAUUUUACAAGGAAAAUUUCAAUCUCUAUUGUUGUAGGAAUAGGAGUUAGGGGGAAAAGGUAGCACUUAUUAAUAGUUCAUGUACCAGGGCUCGUUCAUUAUUACGAAGUUCUCUGCUUCUGCUCAGUGGUGAAAAUAGUUUGCGGAAUUAAAGAUGAUGAGUCUCUCAGGAAUGCCUUCAGCCUCUUCAAUGUUCCAGGCCUAUGUCUCAAUGUCUGCUUCAAUUUCCCUUUUUAAGACAAUGAUGAAUCAGUUGGUUCCUCGUCAAGUCCAGCAAUAUAUUGUAACCAAUAUCCGUAGCUAUUUCCACACAAAUUCAUCAAAAGUAACUCUGGUAAUUGACGAAAAAGAUGGUAUGGGCAUCAACGAAAUCUAUAAUGCUGCUGAAAUCUAUUUGUCAACCCGAAUCAGCCCUGAAUUUCAACGUUUCAAGAUCAGCAAAAGGCCUAAAGACACAGACGUGAACGUCAAAUUCGGGAAUUGUGGGAAAGUUGCUGAUUCCUUUGAAGGGAUUGAAUUGGUAUGGAGGUUUGUCCACGAAGAAGUUAGCAACAAUACAAUUCCGAAUGGUAGUGGUGGUGGUGGUGGUUGUAGUGAGAAACGUUAUUUUGAGCUCAGCUUUAACAAGCAGCACAAGGACAAAAUCUUGAAUUGUUACAUCCCUCUCGUAAUGAACAAAGCCAUAGCCAUGUGCAAUGACAAAAAAGUUGUCAAGUUGCAUGCUCUCAAUAGUCAUAGUUAUAAUUCUAUAGGUUGGGAUUCCGUGAACCUUGAGCACCCUUCAACUUUUGAGACACUAGCUUUAGAACCAAAACUCAAAAAAACCAUAAUAGAGGAUCUUGAUAGGUUUUUAAAGAGGAAAGAGUUUUAUAGGAGAGUGGGAAAGGCAUGGAAAAGAGGGUAUUUAUUGUAUGGACCACCAGGGACAGGGAAAUCAAGCUUGAUUGCAGCAAUUGCUAAUUAUUUAAAGUUUGAUAUUUAUGACUUAGAGUUCUCUAAUAUAAAGCGCGAUUCGGAUUUGAGAAGGUUGUUGCUGAGCACCAAGAAUAGAUCAAUACUUGUCAUCGAAGACAUUGAUUGCAGUGUAGAGCCGCCUCAGAGAACUGAUUUCAAAAAAGAGAAAAAGUUUCAAGAUUCUCAGCUUACACUUAGUGGAUUGUUAAACUUCAUAGACGGGCUAUGGUCGAGUUGUGGCGAUGAAAGGGUUAUUAUAUUUACCACAAAUCACAAAGAGAGGCUUGAACCAGCUCUGCUGCGACCUGGACGAAUGGACAUGCACAUUCACAUGUCCUACUUAACAAGUGAAAGCUUUAAGGUGUUGGCAUCUAAUUAUCUGGAAAUUAGUGAUCCUAAUUAUAGGGGUUUUAAAGAAGUACAAGAGUUGAUUGAUGGUGUACAAACCACCCCUGCAGAGGUUGCUGAGCAGCUUAUGCAAAGUGAAGAUCCUGAUGUUUGCAUUGAAGGUCUUGUUAAAUUUCUCAAGCGAAAAAGGAUUAGUCAUAAUGAGGAGUUAGAGGAGACCGAGGAUAAUAAUACUACUGCUGAUGAUGCGCAACUACUUGAAGUAAAGAGGAGAAAAACUAGAAGUAUGGCAUAAUUCAUUUUAUCCUUAAAGAAGAAAAGACUUGGACACCGGUUUAAUCUUCUACUAAUGGGUUUUUAGUUAGAG